AUGCCAGACAUCGAAGAACAGAUCACUGGCAUCUACUCGCCGGCGUCAUCGCCGCAACGCCACCUUCGACACCAAGCAUCGCUCGAAAAUGUCCUGGAUGUUGCCUCUGCCGCACAAGACCCUUUGACGUCCUCAGAGCGCACAGCAGCCAGGCAGGUAUUCUACCGCAUCGUACAACACUUUGAGGCCAUCGAUCCGUUCCAGGGCAUGGCCCGGGCUGAGCAAGCCAAUGCGUACAGCCAUCCUUUACUGGUUCGUUACACAUACGAAUACUCAUUCUCCGAAGACUCUCGCGACGUUUUUCUGCGAGCAUUCUUUGAUUCCGUCGGCCUCGAUCUUGCCGGCCUCGUCAAUACACGGGCUGAAAUCGAUUUUGACAAAGUCACACCCCACUUUCAUGGCUUUGCCGACCACCUAAUUGAUAAUUUCUUCCUGCCGCUGAAGGCUUCCACUGCGAAAACGCCGCAGCCGUCGCCCGCCUACCACUCGGCCGUUCUUCGCGCCCAGGGCGCUGACACGGGUACAGCGCACGGCUUCAUUGGGACGCCAGACCGGUUGGCAUCGCUGCGCUGGGAAUGCCUGCAGCGGGACCGGCACCGCUGUGUCGUGACGCGCAGCUUCAGCAACACCGAGUACCAAGCACGGUUCAAGGCACACCGCGACAAUGCGCGAGACGACGGCGGCGCUCUGCUCUCCGAGCAAGCGAACGCCAGACCGUUCGCGGCUCUUGAAGUCGCGCAUAUCAUCCCACACUCCAUAAUGAAGUCCGCGUCGGGCCAGGCUGCACUCGCCGUUCUCGACAUGUUCGACAAGGGCGUCGCGCACUUGGUCGACGGCGUCGAGAUUGACCGCGCGCGAAACGCCCUGACCCUCAGCAUAGACAUACACAGAUACUUUGGCGCCUUUGAAAUCUACUUUGAGCCUGUGCCCGGCGUACAUGGCGCACCUGAAACGGCACAGAAAAACGUCUACCGCAUCCAGUCGUUCCUGCCGCCAGCCUUGAACACAAUGUACGGCUUGCCCGUCACACGGACGCUGUUUGUCACCGAAUCCCGCACCAUCGACCCUCCAUCGCCACGUCUCCUUGCUGUUCACCGCGCCAUUGCCCACAUUCUGCACCUCUCCGGUGCUGGGGACUACCUGGACAAGCUGCUCCGCGACAUGGACGACAGCUACGUUCGCGCUGACGGCGGUUCGGCCUUGGGUCGUAUGGUCGCUCUCGGCUUGCGCGGUUGGACGAGCCAUGGCUCUGCUGUACACUAUGAGUGA